AUGCCUACACCUAAGUACGAUAUUGUGGUCGGAGUUGAUUUUGGCACUACAGCCUCUGCCAUUGGUUACUCUAGCCCUUUGCUAGGUAGGCCUUACUAUCGUCCCAUUUUAAUCAAACAACCUGGCAUUCAGAACGGCGCUGAAAAGAUUCCAAGCGUUCUGACUUACACUCAAGACAACCCAAAUCUUCAGGAAAGGGUGUGGGGAUUUUCCGCUGAGUAUCAACCAAAUGCGAUCUCUUGGUUCAAACUCUUCCUCGAUGGUGAUAAUGAGAACGAGAUUGCGAGCUGGGAAGCGGUGACAAUACAUUGGGCACGUUCUCUAGGGAUUCUGUCUCUUCCUAGUGGAAUGUCCCCAAUUGAUGUAAUCUCGGAUUAUCUGGUCGCUCUUAAGGUCAGCAUCUGGAACCAUCUGAAAGAAAAACUUACCAGGGCGGACAAGAGCCUGGAGACAAGCACCAUCAGAUUUUGUUUCACCAUACCAGGGUACUGGUCCCAGGAAGCUAAGGAUGAUAUGCUCAUUGCUAUCAAAAGAGCAGGCUUUGGAUCAAGGGAUUGCGAUAAUGUCUGUCUUCUUACAGAGUCGGGCGCUGCCAUUAUCUUCGCUCUAUCGAACUUACGACGUGGUAAAGGAAGCUUAGAUCUUAUUACUGGAGACGGAGUUUUAGUCUGCGACUGUGGCGGAGGAACAGUGGACAUUGCGAGUUUUCUGAUCUCGGAACAAGAUCCUCUUGUAUACGACCAGCUUACUACAAGCUUAGAUAAGCUCUCAAUUUCAGGGUCCCUGGGAUAA